AUGGUGCAUUGUACAGUUCAGCCUCUCACUCUUUCUAAACUUCCCGAUUCCUUCGCAUUUCGCCAUAAACCCUCUUUUACUCCCAAUCGUAUACUCUCAUCUCGCUCAAUUUUCCUUAGAAAUUUAAGGGCAACAGCGUCUGAGGAAACAUCAAGUGGUGCAGGUACAUUUUUCAACGAGAAACGUGAUGGUGUGAUAACUUUAGAGGCUGGUAAAAAUGGCUACAAUGGAACUGUGGAGAAUGAAGAACCAAAGGAAGAGUUGCCUUCGGAUGGAGAAAGCCUGCCGUUGGAUUUGCUUGAAAAGCUUAAUUUAAAGAUUGACUUAGAUGACACUGCCUCUCUUGCUGUGUACGGUGGCGGUGCUAUAGUGACUCUGUGGCUAACUUCAGCUGUCAUUGGUGCUAUUGAUUCUAUCCCAUUGAUUCCCAAACUGUUUGAAGUUGUAGGGCUUGGAUAUUCAUUAUGGUUUACUUACCGAUAUUUGCUUUUCAAGAGAAAUAGAGAUGAACUGUCCUCUAUAAUAGAGGGACUCAAGGAACAAGUUCUUGGUUCAGAAGAUUAG